AUGGCAUAUGAUCGGUAUGUUGCCAUUUGCCAUCCAUUGCACUAUGAGAAGGUUAUGAAUUGGAAAGCCUGCAUUGAAAUGAUGAUUCUGGUUUGGGUUACCAGUCUUCUUUAUGGAAUGUUGCAUACCACUGGAACCUUUUCAAUCCUUUUUUGUUCUAAUGUUGUCAACCAAUUCUUUUGUGAAGUUCCACAAUUGCUAAAACUAUCAUGCUCUGGUUUCAAUCUAGUUGAAGUUGGAAUUAUUGUGGCCAGUGUAAUUGCAGGAUUAGGCUGUUGUACUUUUAUAAUUGUAUCUUAUGCCAUGAUCUUCAAUGCAAUGCAAAGAAUUCCUUCUGAACAUGGAAGGCAAAAAGCCUUAUCAACUUGUAUUCCCCACCUUAUAGUAGUGUUUAUGUUUUUCUUAAAUGGAUUUUUUGCCUACCUGAGACCUCAGUCUAACACCCCAUCUUACUUAGAUUUUGGGCUAACUGUUAUGUAUUCGCUUCUUCCACCACUGUUCAAUCCAAUCAUCUAUAGCAUGAGAAAUAAGAAUAUCAAAUAUACUCUUUCUAAACUAUGCAGAUUCUACACUUCCAGUGAAAAGAUGGCCAACUGA